GGACAAGUUCGUCUUGAUACCUCGACAUGUCUCAGGCCAUCGGAAACACCGCUCUUGCCUAUGCCCGUGUGUGGCACCAUGUCGACGCUUCAGACCGCGUUCUGGGUAAACUUGCGGAGCGUAUAGCUCUCGUGCUCAUGGGCAAGCACAAGCCAAUAUUUGACCCUGGUGUCGAUUGUGGUGAUUAUGUUGUCGUGAGCAACGCAAGGAAGGUCAAGGUCACCGGAAAGAAGGCCGAGCAGCUAGUGUAUAGACAUCACACCAUGUUUCCAGGUGGCUUGAAGGAGAUCUCAUAUAGGGACAUGAUGGCGAGGAAACCGGACGAGAUCAUUCGCAAGGCCGUGUCAGGAAUGUUACCCAAAAAUAAGCUACGAGAACGAAGACUGGAACGCCUGCGCAUAUUCCCGGACGAGGAUAUUGGCACAUUCCAGCAUAACAUCCUGAAACGCUUCGAGGACGGUACCCUUCGGUGACUGACCGUCUCUCAAAACUACCUAUAAUAUCUCGAGGAGUCUCUCGCUUCUUGUAAUUCUUACUUCGAAUGGAUCUCUCGUGACUUUAUUCCUGCUCGUC